UUCGGAAUCUUUUCGAGAUCCACAGCUCGUCCAGAAAACCCCGUCAAUGCCGACCCCGCGCCUGCGGCACAGCAACGCCAUAAAAGCUUACUGAUUAGGAACAUGGCGUGUUUCGCCAGAAAGCCCAUAAAUUGAGCCAAGGCCAUCGCAAAGGUCGAGACAAUGAACGAGACUGAUACCGAAACCACAAAAUUAGCAGACGGUCGCGUUAUCAAAUACGCCGUAUUCGGCCGCAACGCCCCUGAUGCGCCAACGAUAUUCUUCUUCCACGGCUUCCCAGGCUCCCACCCGGAAGGCGAGCUCCUAGCUUCCGCAGCACUAAAGCACACCGCCCGAAUCAUCAGCCUCUCCCGCCCCGGCUUCGGCGGCUCGACUCCUGCCCCCUCGCGCACGAUCCUCGAAUGGCCCGCCGACGUCACCGCAGUGGCCGACGAGCUGCUGAGCAGUCCGGACGGCCGCUUCGCCGUCGUUUCCUUCUCGGCCGGCGCGCCCUACGCCCUGGCCUGCCUGCGCUCGAUCCCGCGCGCGCGCCUGGCCGGCGCCGUCCUCCUCUCGGGCCUGUACCCGGGCACCGCGGGCCUGCCGCUGGGGACGCGGGCGCUGUUUGCGCUCGGCAGCGUCGCGCCGUCGCUCGCGGCCGUCGGCAUCGAGCAGACGCUGGGCCGCGUGGCGCGCGACGGGCCCAGGCUGGAGCGCGCCAUGGUCCGCGACUUUGGAGGCAGGGGCGCCGCCGAGGCUGCGGUGGUCGAGGACCCCGAGGCGAGGGGCGUCCUGGCCCGGAGCACGCAGCUCGCUGUGGUCGGCGGCGGGGCGGGCACUGCGUGCGAGGCGGGGCUGCUCUGGAGGGACUGGGGGCUCAGGUUGGAGGAGCUGGAGGUCGGAGACGGGAGGUUGUUGAUGUGGCAUGGAAAGGAAGAUGGGAACGUGCCGGUAGGCAUGGCGGAAAAGGCGGCGGCGGUUCUGGUCGGCUCGGAGCUGCGUGUGUUUCCUGAUUUGGCUCAUACGAGCCUUAUUGUAAGCAAGGCAGAGGACGUAGUUGUUGCCGCGAUCAAGAUGCUGGAGUAGAUGGAUACCUACCUUUGCUGAGGCUGUGUGGGGCUCUCUUGUUUCCAGCAGAUACGCUAAUAUGUUUUCAAUUCACUGUUCACUAAGCGAUACAAGUUUUCAAUUUUAAGAGUUUCACUCAUAGUUGGCACUUUAUCUCUAAG